AUGGCGCACCACCUCCGGGGGCUCGUCCUGCUGCUCUGGCCGCUGCUUCUGCUGCUCCCCCCUACUUCCCCCAACCCUUUGGCACGGCAGGGUCUCCGGAGGUUGGGGUCCCGUGGCCCAGGGGGGAGCCCAGGUCACCGGCCGGCUCUAGCAGCUCCCACCAGCGAGCCCUAUUCGGGGGGCGGCCAGCCUGGAGGGGCCCAAGGAGCAGGUGUUUGCAAAAGUAGACCCUUGGACUUGGUGUUCAUCAUCGAUAGUUCUCGAAGUGUCCGGCCCCUAGAGUUCACCAAAGUGAAAACCUUUGUCUCAAAGAUCAUCGACACUCUGGACAUCGGGGCAGCAGACACGCGGGUGGCAGUGGUGAACUAUGCCAGCACUGUGAAGAUUGAGUUCCACUUGGGGACCCAUUCGGAGAAGCAGGCCCUGAAGCAGGCAGUGGCUCGGAUCACACCUUUGUCCACCGGCACCAUGUCAGGCUUGGCCAUCCAGACAACCAUGGAUGACGUCUUCACUGUGCAGGCAGGCGCUCGGGGACCCAAUGCCAACAUCCCUAAGGUGGCUAUCAUCGUGACAGAUGGGAGGCCCCAGGACCAGGUGAAUGAGGUGGCAAGGCGGGCCCGAGCCGCUGGCAUUGAGCUCUAUGCUGUGGGUGUGGACCGGGCAGACAAAGAGUCCCUCAAAUUGAUGGCCAGUGAACCGCUGGAAGAGCAUGUAUUCUAUGUGGAGACCUACGGGGUAAUUGAGAAACUUUCCUCCAGAUUCCAGGAAACCUUUUGCGCUGUGGACUUGUGUAUGCUGGGCACACACCAAUGCCAGCACGUGUGUGUCAGUGAUGGGAAUGGCCAACACCAUUGUGAGUGCAGCCAGGGGUACACACUGAAUGCUGACCAGAAGACUUGUUCAGAGAUUGAUAAGUGUGCUCUUAACACUCAUGGAUGUGAACAUAUCUGUGUGAACGACAGAACUGGCUUUUAUCACUGUGAAUGCUAUGAAGGUUAUUCCUUGAAUGAAGACAAGAAAACUUGCUCAGCUCAAGAUCAGUGUGCUUUUGGCACACACGGCUGCCAGCACAUCUGUGUAAAUGAUAAUGCUGGGGUCCAUCACUGUGAAUGCUUUGAGGGCUAUGCUCUGAAUGCAGAUAAAAAAACAUGUUCAGUGCGGAACAAGUGUGCCCUGGAGUCUCAUGGCUGCCAGCACAUCUGUGUGAAUGAUGGAGUCGCUUCCUACCACUGCGACUGUUAUGCAGGCUACACCUUGAACGAGGACCAGAAGACAUGCUCAGCCAUUGAAGAAGCACGAAGACUCAUCUCCAUAGAAGAUGCUUGUGGCUGCGAAGCUACACUGGCAUUCCAGGAUAAGGUCAGCACAUACCUGCAGAGACUCAAUGCCAGACUUGAUGACAUUUUAGAGAAACUGCAAGCAAAUGAAUAUGGACAAAGACAUCGUUAA